AUUCGUUUUGGCACCGUUGGAUAGAGACCCUGGAUCCGCCCUUGUCUAAGUGCUCAGUAGAUUCUUUAACCGACUGUGCAAUUGCAGGCACUUUAGAAUGUAUGCGCAAUCUGAAAGAGUUCGAGCUGCCAAAAAGUCUGAGUCCCAGCGAGCUGGAGACCGUAGAGCGCGUGAUAACUAACGUUCUUCUGAGCAAAGAGACUGCUCGCGCUCUCUACCCGAAUGCGUCCGAAGACGAGGUGCAGAAAAAUGGAAGCGGAGUUUAUUUCACGAUGAAUGAAGUGCUGGAGCAACCAUCCGAGUCCAGAGUGAUUUUGGCCAGCAAUAAUCUGUUGAUUCCCUUGUGGAAUAUUGCUGAGUCUGACCGAGUUCAUGGCAAGCAUUGGCCUUAUGGGCGGGGAGUAUUCAUCAAUAACAACUACACCUUGGCAGUCUACGUGAAUGUACUGGACCACAUACGAGUGGUGACCUGCGCCAGCCACUCAAACAUUGGAAACUUGGGACUGAUCUACUCCAGACUGUGCAGACUGAUGGCUAUACUGGAUCGAGAUCUCGAAUUUAGCUUCGACGAGCGGCUAGGAUACUUGUCCUGCAGACCUACAAUGCUCGGCUGCGGGUUGCGAUUUACUCUCACCUUAAAGUGUCCCAAUUUACUGAAAGAACCGGACAAUUUGCUCUCACUGUGCUCGGUCAGAACCCUUUCCUAUAGCAGAAAUUCAAAUUGUCCGGACGUUUUUAAAGUGGCCAAUCGAGUGUCCGUUGGAGUAACCGAACUACAAUGUUUCCAGGACUUUUCCACGGCAGUUGCCAAUAUUUUGCAGCUGGAAAAGGACAUGUCUAUGACGAACUCUUUGCACAUCGCUGCAAUGUUUCUUAACAUCUUCAAGAAAAGAAGAUCUACAUAUGCUAAUAACGAAUAAUGCUGAAAAUACUAACUUAUGUAGCCGUUUUGUACUUUUUAUAAGAUAUAAUUUGCUGAAUGAAUUACUUCAUAUUUGCACUUUGGUGCCCACAGCUCAAGUUGUUUAUAUAAUUAUUUUUGUAAAUAUCGAACACUUAUUGGAGGGAUGCUUUCAGUAGGUCAGUACAACUGUAUAUUGUUGGACGUUUAACUGUGGUAGACGGU